AUGCCAAGAACCAAACAGACCGCUCCCAAAUCGACUGGCGGGCUCGCCCCUCGAAAGAAUAUCCAAACCCCAGCGUUCGUAAUGAAAAGGGACACAACUCCGCCACAAAUUCUUCGUGAAAUGGUGCAAUCUCACCUGGAAAUUCAAUCGGGACCGCCACACAAUGAUUUUUGCCUGAUCUGCCAAGAUGGCACUUCCAGUAAUGGCAAGGACUCCCUCUAUGCAUGCGAGGAGCCUGGCUGUCUACGCGUUAUGUGUACUAGAUGCAUGUUACUUCCGGCCAGCCACCUACACCUCAUUGAGCAACCGGGUGUCAAGUUCCGUUGCGUACACUGUCAUACACUCUUGGACAAGAGGUCUGGUGAUCUUACGCCGUUCUACGGAUUUUUCAAGGAUGGGAACCCCGUUUUACCAUCAUUCAUACCCAUCGUUGGACAGUUGCAGCUAUCUCGACGUUCUCAGAUAUCCGCGAAGCCCGUCCUCGUCAUUCACUUCAAGCUUGUGGGUUUUGAGGCCACUGCGAGCCCGAUCGACAUGGUUAACUCGUAUCUUUCUUCUUUCUUUCCGAAUGGCGGCCUUCGCUUCAUUGAAGUUAUUUUUGACCUUGGCACCGACGCCAAGAUUAUAGCCUAUUCCCAACAGUAUGAGAAGCUCGCGAAGGAGGUGAUGGAUGACUGUAACUACCAAACUAUGUGUAUCGCGAUCACCGAUCACACAGACGACAACACUGGCGACCCAUUUCUUGGAUACUCCCGCGGAUCUUCCUAUGUUUCUGCCACCGUUCCUGAUUUCAUGAAUUCGUUACUUGGCCCAUGGGGGCAGCUGAUGCAACGCGCGGAGAGCACCACCCUCUUUUUUCUGGGUUGUGGCGCCAUUAUCACCCAACCAGAAGGUUUUCGGGGCUUGCGUUCGUCUGUCGUCGAUCAUGCUUUUUCACAUGCAGUCGCGUUUACUGCCAAGCACUUUCAUCCUUGCCUCGCCUCCCAUUUUAUGGUAUCGUUCGUGCAAGCCGUCAUUGUCGAAGGUUUUGCACUGCGUGAAGCAUUUCCCAAUAUACUUGACCAGUCAGGGUUAGGUAUGCACACGGACGUUCUCUUGAUGACCGCAACACCUGAAGACACGGUGCCGCUUCGAAUUACCCGUUAUAAAUGGGCUCACGCCUCUAUUCGUCCAUGGGGAAACGCUGCGGCCGUACCAGUACCAAGAGAGGCAGAUUACCCCGCAAGAAGUUCACCUGCAAGGCCCCAGAAGGCUCAACGUUACUCCCAGGGCGAAGACAAAAUGCCUCCUGGUUGGAGAUCGUUCUUGACUUCUGCAGGAAUGAUGCUGAGACAACCUGACAUGAUUCAGCCAAAGAGCUCAGAAACAUAUCCGAACGGAAUUGGUCGUAGACGCUAUGCAGGUAAACAGACUGCAGUUUACCAGUUAAAAGUUUGA